UAAACCUUGAAGUUUAACAUUUUGUGAAGACUUCAGUGAAGAAUUGCUCCUUUUACUUCCCUGGCCCCAUUUAAUCCCUGCAGAUGGACAGCCCCAGAAGCAGUGAAGUGAGAAUUGGCCACUCUCUGAAUGAGGAUGAGAGUCAACAUGUGGCCAAAAGGAGAGCAACUGUUCUUCAGUGUCUUCAGCAUCACAAUAUAUCCUGCAGUGUGGACGAGGUACCCAACAUUGCUGUGCUGGGCUCUGGUGGUGGGGAGAGAGCUAUGAUUGGAUUGCUGGGGUCACUGAGCCAGCUGAGUGAAGAGAAACUGCUAGACUGCAUCAUGUAUCUCAGUGGCGUCUCUGGAUCUACUUGGUGCAUGGCAUCAGCGUACCAAGAACCAGACUGGUCCAAACAAAUGGAGACAGUGAAACAAAACAUCAUCCAAAAACUUACGAGUGAUCAAGUCAACUACCACAAGACAUGCUGCAAAUUAAGGAAAAUGUGUGAAAAGGACAACUUCAGCAUAACCGAUAUCUGGGCAGUAUUAAUUGUGUCUAGUGUAGUGAAAGAGAUUGAUGAACAAGUUCUCACAGAACAGAGGGGUCAGCACACUAAAAACCCAUAUCCCAUCUAUACAGUGAUUGAUAAGAAGUCCAAAUAUGACACACUGUGUAAAGACUCUUGGUUUGAGAUCACUCCACAUGAGUGUGGCUACUCCCUCACCGGAGCCUUUGUGGAUUCCAAAUGUUUGGGAAGUCGGUUUGAGAAAGGGGCAAAAACUGAGGAACAGCCUGAGCUUGACAUGCUGUACAUACAAGGUUUGUGUGGUAGUGCACUAGCUGAUGGAGAAGAGAUAAAAAAAACAAUUUUUAAGGGGCUACUCAAAUUGAGCACAGGUCUGAAAAACUUAGUUUUAAAAGCAAAUAUAUCAGCUAGCAAUGAUGAUGAGCUGGUGAUGCAUACCCUCCUGGAGUUGAAUCUUCACUUCUUCAAUGGAGAGGAUCUUAAAAAUGACAUAACCAAGAUGAAUGAAUUACUGAAAGAAAAGCAUGAUAAAGAAGGAAAUGAGGUAAAACUUCAAGAACCAAUCACAGAUGAGAUCUUAAGCAACUACACACUGAAAGUGUGUGAUUGUCUCCCUCACUGGUUCCCAAAGACAGUGGAAAGUAAAACUAACACAUCUCUUCCUAAUCCUAAUGACCAAGUAUUCUGUGGCAUUGUGAUUGCUAAAUGCAUGAGGAAAGUUUGGCAGUGGGACUGGGGAACACAUUACAACUUUCUCUACAAAAUGACAGUUGAUGAAGUUCAUCCCAGCAUCCUAGAGUCAAAGACAAGACAAUAUGAGGACACUGGUCUGUUACUCAACUCACCCUAUUUCUCUGUACUGAGAAAGGAACGCAAUGUUGACCUCAUCAUUUCCCUUGACUUCAGUGAUGGAGAUCCCUUUGAGACAGUGGAUAAAGCUGCUCAGAUGUGUAAAGAUCUUCAGAUCCCGUUCCCUACAGUUGAACUGCCAGAGAAUGAAGAAGAACCAAAGGACUUCUAUGUGUUUAAGAACAACCCCAAUGCUCCAGUUGUGAUUCACAUGCCUCUUUUUAAUACUGUUAACUGUAAAGGUGAAGUUAAGAUGUGGAAAGACAUAUAUCACACCUUUCAGUUGUCUUACAAUGAUAAAAUGAUCAAUGAUCUUUUGGAGAAAGCUGGUCUAAAUAUCACAAACACAAAGGAGAAACUCCUGAAGGAGAUAGAAAAAGUCAUUAAAAGGAAGAAGCAUUGGACAACAAAACCAAAUUAA